AUGGCUAAUGAGCCGACAUUCAUCCGUCAAGCAUCUUUGGAAGCAUCCCAGGUUGUACCGUUGUUCGAUUCACCCUCAAGUACAUUUCUAUCAAAUCCACCAUUUAAACCAAAAGCGGGCGAAGUUUACGUUUUAAAAUUAGAUCCUGGACAUGAAAGCGAUGAAAAUAUUGCUGAAGAAUUUCCACAUGGUAAUUCUAAGAAAAAUACAAAACCAUUUUUUCGUACUCGACCAUCAUUAUUAAAUAAAUUGAUUAAUGAAGCAGCAAAUGGCGAAACAGCUGCCAUUUAUCGUCAACUGACUGGUCAAACAAAAGAAAACGACGAGAAUGAUAAUGAGGAUAAUUCUCCACCAGCUUCACCUAACAAUGGCAAUGAUCGCGAUUCGCCACCUCCUGCUGCUACAAUCACCGAAGUAUCAACAUCUGUUUCUUCACCCAAGACAACAACAAUCACAAAGAAAGCUGAACAACAAAAAUCGGCCGUUGGUCCAGAAAUAUUAUCGAUGCCACGAAAUAUUGAACAAAUCCGAAAUGUUAAACGUCGUUUAGCCCGUCGUCUUGUUGCAUCAGCCGAUGAAAUAUCAGAACUAUAUCGUUUUGCUCGUGAAACACCUAAUUUUAUUGCACGUUUUACACUGAUACCACAUGUCAUUGCCGUUGCUUUUUGUCAAGAAUCUGUUAAUGAAUUUAAUCAGUUAUUAGAUAUUGAACCUCAGACCUCAAAAUCACGAGUUCUAAUUACAUUCGAUUCAAGUUUCAAUAUCAAUAACUUUUAUAUAACAUGUGUUUAUUAUCGGCAUAUUGCGUUUCACGAAGAACCAUGUAUUCUGUUAGGUUGUGCAUUACAUAAUCGUAAAACAGAUGAUGUCUAUGAUUAUUUGUUAACAUAUUUAAAACAAAAUUGUGCAAAAAUUGAAGAAAAAUGUUUGUAUGUAGUUGAUUCAGAAUCAAAUUCUCUAACACAAGAAUAUUUAUCAGAAUAUUUGAAAGAUUUGAAACUUAUUCAUACAUGGAAUUAUGUGUUUACCAAUUUGCGAUCAUGGUUGUUAAAUAAUGGUCGAACACAAGCCGAUUAUCAAUUUUAUAAUGCUGAAUUAAAAUCAUUAUUAAUCUGCAAUGAUACACAAGCGUUCUAUCGUCUAUAUGAACGAUGCAAAUCAAAUUGGACACAAGAAUUUAAGCAAUAUUUCGAAAAAAUUAUCUUACCAUUAAUUGAAACAGAUUUAGGCUCAUGGAUAUUGAAAAAAUAUGAUAUUUAUGAUCCAUAUUGUGGAAUUCGAACAAUGUCUUGUGAUGCCAUGAAUAUUGUUGUAACACAUUUACGUGAUUGGCGUGAUGCUCGAUUUGAUACUGGUGCAAUUUCAUUAUAUUGGUUACAAAUUUAUUUUGUUAAUCAAAUACAUAAAAGUUUUUGUCGUAAUGGUUUAUUUAAUUUAAAACAAACCUACGAAAAAUUUUCACAACCGAUUCGUAGUACAGAAGAUGCAAUAGCACAAGCAAAAAUAAUUACACCAGAUAAAAUUGUUGAACAUGUUCGAGGAAAAUUUAUUUCAGUACCAGGUGCAUCGUCAACAGUAACAGCAUCAUCAACAUCAAAAUAUAAUCAACAACAACAUCAAGGACAGACACAUAUUUUGAAGCGGACAUUAGAUAAUGCUCAAAUAUUAACAUUAGCUGUACCACCAGAAGCAAAACAUUUAAAAACAACAUUUGUAGAUCAAACAACGCCGUGUAUUAUAACAGGUGAAAUGAGAAUUUUAUUACAUCAACUUCAAACGAAAAGUAUACCAACGGGUGAGUUUAAACCUUUACUAGGUGGCAGUCGUACAAUGACUGUUCGUCGUGUUCAAACCGUUCAACCGACAACACAAUAUCGUAUUGCUACAGCAACUACAACAAAUCAACAACAAUCUCAGCCACAACAGUACCAUUUAAUAACAACACCCCACCAAGAUGUUAAUGAAAAUUCAAUUCUCUGUAAUACAACUGAUGGAAGUGGUGAUUCAUCAUUAGAUUUAAGUCAAAUAUUAAAUGCAUCGUCAGCAACUCAACCACAAACAAUAGCAAUUGCAAAUAGUUCAUUUUUAAGACCUAUUUGUAGUUCAAAUGUAGUACGACUAACUGAAAGAAUGUUGACAAAACUAACAUCAAAAUAUUUAAUUAUUCGUUUGAAUUCUAUUCGAUUAUUUUCAACCACUACGUCCCUUUUAACACAAGAUCAAGCUAAGGGACACGACAUUAAGAAAACAAUCGAAGAUCAAAAAGAAGGAAAACAUCCAUCACCACAUAAAGAAGCUCCUGUGUGGAGUGAAAAGUUAGCCAGUAGAAGUGAAGAAAUCGUUAAAGCCGACAAACUAGGUGGUGGUAAACCAACUGAACAGUUACAGAAAGACACAAUCAGUCAUGUUCAAAAAAAAGAUAAAAAUGAAUCUACACGUCAAAAGAAAUGA